AAAAAAAGAAAAAAAAAAAAAAAGUUCUUUAUGACAUCAAAUCCAACUUCCGUUUGGCGAUAUCUUCGAAGCGAACCGGCGGCUGCCAUUUACGCCAGGUCCCUCAUCUAGAUUCUUCGAACUGACAGGAUGCGACUUCUUCACCUCCUCGGCGCUGCGUUGGCAGGCGCAACGGUCUUUGCCGAUGACGCGCCUCGUUGCUUUCCAGCGGAUUUCAUGUUCGGAUCGGCCACCGCCGCGUACCAAGUCGAGGGUGCGUGGAAUGAAGGCGGCCGCACUCCUAGUAUCUGGGACGAAUUCUGCCGCACGCAGCAUAGGAAGAAGGUGGCGUGUGCAAACGUCGCCGACGACUUCUACCAUCGCUACCGAGACGACAUCAAGCUCAUGGUCGAGACCGGUCUGCAGUCCUCGCGCUUCUCCGUCUCGUGGUCGAGAGCCAUGAACUGGAAUCCAGAGACCAAACGCAUGCAACCAAACCCUCAGGGUCUUGCGUUCUACCACGCCCUAGUCGACGAGCUCAACGCCAACAACAUCGUACCGAUCUUGACGUUGUAUCAUUGGGAUCUGCCACUCGAACUACACACCGAACUCUCUCCUCAAGGCUGGCUGAACCCCAACAUUGUAGACCACUACGUAGAGUACGCAACGCUCAUGUUCCACGAACUGGCAGAUAAAGUGGACAUGUGGACGACGUUUAAUGAACCGCUGACUUUCACAACUGCCGGAUACGCUAGUGGUGCAGGAGCUCCUGGCUUGAAAAAGUCCGAAACGUUCGCGUACAUCGUGGCUCACAACGUGCUUCGUUCGCACGCUGCCGCAGUGAAAGCUUUCCGAGAUCUAAAGGCGAACUCUCCACCCGUUCUCCACCAAAAGGCCCGUAUCGGCAUCACACUGAACUCGGAUGCUGCAUAUCCGCUCGACGAGAACAACCCGCUCGAUGUCGCUGCAGCCGAAAGAAAGAUGCAGUUCGAACUGGGUUGGUUCCUCUCGCCUCUUGUUACUGGUGACUAUCCUGCCAUCAUGCGGGAACGGGUGGGCGAUCGCUUGCCACGAUUCACGCCCGAAGAGACGGCGCUACUGAAGGGAUCAUACGACCUCCACCUGCUUAACCACUACUCGUCCAAGCUCGUGACGGACUGUGGAGUGUCACGUAAGGCGAAAUCACCAUGCAGGAAGCUAGGCAAAGGCUGGGAACGCGACCUUGGUGUCGACAUCUCGCACUCAAACGAACUACCAGGCUCUCGUCACUCGAGCAAAGACCGUCACGGUAAGCUUAAUUGCGGGUGGUUUACAGCUUACCCACCCGGAUACCUGAAGACAAUUAAGUGGCUACACGCUGCAGACCCCACAGCCGACAUUCUGCUCACGGAGAAUGGCUGGUGUGGCAAUGAAGAGAUCGAAAACUUUGACCAGUUGUGGUACGUGCAGGAAUACGUCAAGCAGGUCUACAAGGGUCUGGUCGAGGAAAAGAUCCCGAUCAUCGGCUACACGGCUUGGUCGUUCCUGGAUAACUAUGAGUGGGGCUCUUUCUCGCCUCGUUUCGGACUGUACUAUGUCAAUUUCUCGUCCAACGCAGGUGAUCGAGACGAAGAGUACGAGCCAAAGGCGACGGGGCUCGAACGUAUCCCCCGGCCUGCUGCCAAGUGGUUCAGCCACGUCGCAAAGACCAGGUGCCUCGACGGCUGGACGUAUGAACGCCCAGUCACGCAGGAAGAACUACAGAGCGUGAACGAACAGACGUUCUCGCGCUGGAUGCUGAGCAUCAUCGGUGUUCUCGCCGUUGUGGCCCUUACCGCCAUGACCGUCGUUGGCCGCAACAUCAUGGUGCAGCUCUCAUCGCCCAGUGCGCGCCGUCUUCCUCGCGAGACAGACCCGCUACUGCAAGCCAACAUGAUCUAAGGCGUAGCUACAUGCAUGUGUCCACAAACGUCCACAAUCUAAACUUCAAUAGUCGAUGACAUUUAUGUGGCCCACAUGAUAGUAUACCCAACCGUCCGGUAAUCAGGA